AGCAUGGCGGGCAUCUGGAAGUUAGCAGGACCUCUGUCAACUGUAGCUGCUGGUGCUGGUGGCAUUUUCCUGCUGAGAAAUUACUUCGCUGGAGGAGUUUGUAAUUGUAAAGAGAAACUAAAUGGUAAGACAGUAAUCGUCACAGGGGCAAACACAGGAAUCGGGCGAGAAACAGCCUUAGAUCUCGCCCGAAGGGGCGCCCGUGUAAUCCUAGCUUGCCGAGACCUCGAGAAGGCAAACACUGCUGCUAAAGAAAUACGAAAAACAACAGGAAAUGACAAGGUAUUCGUGAAAAUGCUCGAUCUUGCGUCGCUUAAGUCAGUGAGAACAUUCGCGGAGGAAUUCCACCAAACUGAAGAUCGACUAGACAUCCUUAUCAAUAAUGCAGGCAUCAUGCGUUGUCCAUAUUGGAAAACAGAAGAUGGCUUUGAGAUGCAACUCGGCGUCAAUCACUUGGGCCACUUCCUUCUGACAAAUCUUCUGUUAGACAUGCUGGAAAGAUCUCAACCAAGUCGCAUCAUUAAUGUCAGUUCUCUAGCGCACGUGAGAGGGAAGAUUCGCUUUGAUGAUUUGCAAAGCGAACAAGAGUACAGCCCAAGUUUCGCCUACUCACAGAGUAAACUUGCUAAUGUCUUGUUCACUCGCGAAUUGAGCAAACGCCUGGAAGAUACCGAUAUUUUAGUCACUGCUGUACACCCUGGUGUUGUGAAAACCGAAUUAGCUCGUCAUACAACUUUUGCGAAGUCCAAAAUCGCGUCUUUGACUCUGGCUCCGCUUGCGUGGUUGUUUUUCAAGACUUCUCUUCAGGGAGCACAAACAACAAUUUAUUGCGCUGUAGCAGAUGACGUUGAGUCUGGACUGUACUACAGUGACUGCAAGCCUAAGGAACCAGCUGAUCAGGGAAAAGAUGAUAGAGCAGCUAAAAAGCUUUGGGAAGUUAGCGCAGAUUUGGUUGGCCUAGAAAAAACUAUUUGAAAGCGUGCAUUAUCACAGUGACACUUGCAAAAUAAGGUGCUAUUUAUUUAUUUAUCUUCAAGCAUCUUGAAAAAGUGGAACAUUUCGUAGCUAUGGUAGGUGCACUAUAAGGCAUAUUUCCAAGGACUGAUGGGAAAAUAAAUUUUUGUUUUCAAUUUCAGUACGUUUUCUGUGAGAAAAGUGAAGUGAGAAGAAAUAUCAGUUAGCAAUAUUCGAUUUAACAACAAAUUCUCAGAGCCAAAAUGUAUGGCAGACAAUGCAGAGAAUAACUAUAUCUACAUAUAGUAGAUAUACAACUAUAUCUACUAGUUAUAUUUCCCUCUGCAUGCAUAAUGUUGUGUAUAGUUUAUAAAUAAUAUUGGAAUUGUAAUAUGGCAUAUUUUAUUUUAUUUUAGCUUAUUUUCUCAAAGAUAUUAGCUCUACAGCUACACUGUGAAUUUUAAGUGAAAAUAAAGUAUAUGUAUGUAAGUAUAUCAAUCUCUGGAGUGAAAGGGUUUCAGCUGAGAGUGAUUUUUCUUUUUAUUAGGACUCAAAGGGGUCAUAGUCUAGAGUGAUUAUUUAAAAUGACCCAAACAGUGUGACAAUUUAGAGUGAGGAAUAUUUUCAUUUUAUGUUUCUGCUCAAUUAUAGCUCGGGUUAUCAAAGAGCUGGCACUUAUUGGUAUGGUGUUGGAGGUUAACAUCUCUCCAAUAAGAGAUUCUCUUUCUGAAUAUUUUUCUCAAUUAAAUUUCUUUAUAAUUUUUUUUUACAAAUGUAAGUAACUAUCUUCUUUUAUAAUUAAUAUUUUUUUAUAUAAAUGUAUACUAAUAAUACUAUCUUGAACAUUCUCCUUAUAAUAAUUCUAACAUUUAGGUAGGUUUCCUAUUACCAGUUAACUGGUGAACUAGAAAAUAAAUGACAUUUGGAAGGAAAACUAAUGGAACACAAUUUAUUGGGGUUUACUGAGCUCUGAGCAUCAUACUAGUCAUUUUUUUUCCCGUUAACUCAGUAAAUAUUAUUAAUGAUGUGUGUCUUAGA